AGCCUUUCUAGCCGAUCUCCUCUUGACUUUCAAUCAUUUGGACUACUCGGGCUAUCAACGUACACUGGACAUCCAGAAUGCCCUGUCCACUGUCACCUACUCGUGUGGCGGGAUGAUUACACGCGUGAAUGGAUCGCAAGCUAUCCAGCCAAGGCCGUUGUCGGCCAGAUUACGGCAUCCCAUCCCAGAGCUCUCAGUUUCACAGCGCAGUGGAAUCGGACGGGCCUCGACAACGGUACCCGAAACGGUACAAUGGCCUUAGUCGCGGAGAAUGGCUCCAUCAUCUUGGCUGGACUUUCCAGUGGCGCACCCAACUACGCUGGGAUGUUUUCGACUUACCCCAUGGGUGGCUCCAUAUCCAACAAGAACGGCACCAUCACCGUCACCGGCGCAGACAGCGCCCUCAUAGUCAUCGGCGUAGAGACGGAUUAGUGGAACACCGGCAACUCCGUGGUUCAGCUCCAGAAGCUUGUGGAGUCGUAAGUUGGCGCGGUGACAACGUCGAAGUUCUCCAGUCUAUAUGCGGCUCAUUCUGCCGACUUUCGACAAUCCUUCGACCGAGCCGCGCUGUAUGUUGAUUCGCCCGCCACGAAUACGAGUCUCGACCUCAACGGACGCUUUCAAGCUUAUAUCAACGGUGCCCAAGACCGCGCGUUAGAAACGCUGAUGUGGGCUUUCGGACGUUACAUGAUGAUCUCGAGUUCUCGCGCAGGGUCGUUGCCACCAAACCUCAUCGGGGUGUGAAACAACAACAAUAAUCCUGGCUGGGGCGGAAAGUUCACCACCGACCUCAACGUCGAGAUGAAUCACUGGCUCACCGAGAUGACC